AUGUACACAGUUUUGGCAUGCGGGUCGAAUGGAAACUAUCAACUAGGCCUAGAUAACAACGACGACCAGAGUCAGCUACGGCCGUCGGUAUUUUCGAGCCAGAGUGAAUUUUCAUCCACCCGAGCUGACGCAGGAACUGAGACAAGAAUAGAGGCUAAACCAAAAAAGAUUGCUUGCGGAGGGAACCAUACCUUGAUCCUUCUAGAGAAUGGAAAAGUUUUCAGUUGUGGCAGCAACGAAUAUGGCCAAACUGGACACCCGGUAGAAGAAGAAGCCUUCAUUGCCACAUUUAGAGCGGUACCGGAUCCACCCGAUGGGGCCAAGUGGAUCGCUAUUGCAUGCGCUUGGGAAUGCUCGUUUUUCAUUGACGACUACAACAGGUUGUACAGCUGUGGCAAUGGGGCCAAGGGAGAACUAGGGCUCGGGACAUCAACCAGGUGCCAGCGCACCAUUGCUCAAGUCAGGGAAUUGGGUGCUGACAUCGUGAAAAUUCACUCGUCCAUGAGCCACGUUGUUGUGCAAACGAGCCUGGGCAAGCUCUUUGGCUGGGGAAGCUGCAAGAAGGGGCAAUUGGGGGUUAUGGACAAGCAACUGGUCACAAGGGGGGCCGUUUGGGAGCCCGUCGAGUUGAACUUUGAAGCGGGAGUUGACCUGGCACAAGUGGACGAUUUCCAGACGGGAAGAGAUUUCACGGUGGUGCUUGCGACCGAAAGGAGUCAGGGCCCCAACCGACUAACGAUAUGGGGAAAGUCGACAGUGGAUGUGGAAAAAGCCAAUCGAGAAAUUGAACAAGGUGCGGGGCAUGGGGGGCUUGCCGCGAUGUGGUCGUCUGUGCAUUGGAAAUCGCUCAAGAGGGGAAUCAUCUCCUUUGGCACCGACACCCACGGCCAGCUCUUUGACUACGCGCUUCCGCACCCUGAACGUGCCCACAAGCUAGACUUUACAGUUGGAAGCGAGCAUGGUUUGCUACUUUCCAUGAACAAGGUCUACGCCUGGGGCUGGGGAGAGCACGGCAACUGCGGCGAACCGAGCCUCAAGAACACCGAUGGCAUCACAUACAACUACUUGAACCCUAUAUACGAGGGACCUCAAGAAGUCGUCCUCAUAGCAGGAGGCUGUGCCACGAGCUGGGUCGUGAUCAAAGCCGACUGA